AUGAGUCGUAUGACGGACUGCGCGGCCACGAUAUGGCCAGUGAUCAGCAUCGCUAGCGGCGUGGUUUCGUUCACGACCAGUUUGGUCGCCUCGAUCCCGCAGGUGGUCGAGACGUAUAAAGAGAAGUCUGUCGACGGGCUGUCGCCACUCUGCCUGCUGUGCUGGAUCUCAGGCGACAUCACAACGCUGGUCGGCGCUAUUCUGACGCACCAACUGCCGUUCCAGAUCAUACAGGCCUUCUACUAUUUCUCGACAGAUCUGAUCCUGUGCUACCAGUACUACUACUACGGCGUGCGCUGGCGGAACCGUCUGGCAGCGCCGGGUGCGCGCCACCUCGCGGCGCCGUCGCCCGCCAAGGGCCUGCUGGCCUCGUUUCUGGUGGUUGGGCGUGCAGCGGCAGCGCCGCUGCUGCGCCGCGACUCGGUGGCCGCACCGCCGCUGCCGCUGCCCAGCAGUGACCCGUUCGGCAUAGUGUCCUCGUGGGUGGGCGCGUCAUUCUACUUCUUUUCGCGCAUCCCGCAGCUCAUCAAGAACUAUCGCCGCAAGAGCACGGACGGGCUGUCUCCCUUGCUCUUCCUCGCGGCGUUGACGGCCAAUCUGACAUACUGCGUGUCCGUGUUCACAUCCUGCGAGUUCCUCGCUAGCCCGGACAAGCCGGCCUACGUCUGGAACGCCCUGCCCUUUAUAAUGGGCAGCGGCGGGACCGUCGUGUUCGACCUGAUCUACGUCUAUCAGCACUACUUCCUGUACCGCCAGAAAGGGCAGCACAAACAGCUAGAGUAUUCGCCAGAGACCGAGGGCAGUCCGCUGGUGUCGCACUAA